AUGUCGCGAGUGUGUCAAGCCACCAACUGCUCCUCUGGCCGGACCGGUCGGACAAGUGCCGGUGCCCCCUUCGGACCGGCCCCAGCCUCGGCCCUCUUCUUCCCACGCCUCGGCAGGUGGUACGCUUCCGCUGACAAAUUGGCCCGACCGGACAAGGGAGGCGAUUGGGGCGUGUCGAGUCCCGAGUCCCGAGUCCCGAGUCCCGCAACCACGACCCCAUCACAGACUGCAACACUUCAAUUGUAUCAUUUGGAGCUCCAACACUCCUCUUCCCGUCGAGUCGACGAUAAAUAA